AUGGCUGCCCGACCCCGACGUCUCCAAUGGGAGCCAGAGCCACCGCGAGUCACCGCCGCUCUCCUCCUCUUCCUCCUGCUCGCGGCCGCGGGAGGAGCUGCUGCGGCUGCGGCCUCGGCAGCGCCAGCAGCAGGGCGCAGGGAGGCGGUGACGUCGCCGCACGGCGCCGUGGCGGCGGACGACUGGCGGUGCUCGAGGAUAGGCCGGGACGCGCUCCGCGAGGGCGGCAGCGCCGUGGACGCUGCCGUCGCCUCCGCGCUCUGCCUCGGCGUCGUCAGCCCGGCCUCCAGCGGCGUCGGCGGCGGCGCCUUCAUGCUCGUCAGGCUCGCCGACGGCACCGCCGUCGUGUACGACUCCCGCGAGACCGCGCCCCUCGCCGCCUCCAAGGACAUGUACGGCGGCAAGGAGUCGCUGAAAGCACGGGGCGCGCUCUCCAUAGCAGUUCCCGGGGAGAUCGCCGGCCUGUACGAGGCGUGGAAGCACCACGGCAAGCUCCCAUGGAAGCGCCUCGUCCUGCCGGCCGCGCGGCUCGCCCUGGCGUUCAGGAUCUCGCCGUACCUGCGGAUGCAGAUGGAGGCGACCAGGGACGGCAUCCUGGGCAACAACGGGACGCGGGCCGUGUACGCGCCGGGCGGCGACAUCCUCAGGGCCGGAGACGUGUGCCGCAACGCGAGGCUCGCCCAGACGCUGCGGGCCGUGGCGGAGCACGGGCCCGGCGUGUUCUACGGCGGCGCCGUGGGGGCGCGGCUCGUGAGGGACGUCCAGGAGGCCGGAGGGAUCGUGACGGUGGAGGACCUGAACAGGUACCAGGUGAAGGUGCGGCGGCCGCUGACGGGAAACGUGAUGGGGCUCCAGGUGGUGACCAUGCCGCCGCCUUCCGCCGGCGGUGCCGGGAUGAUGCUUGUCCUGAACAUCCUCGAGCAGUAUGGCAUUCCUGCUGGUUUCGCUGGAUCUCUUGGGAUUCAUCGCCUCAUCGAGUCCUUGAAACAUUACAUGGCGGUAAAGAUGAACCUUGGCGAUCCUGACUUUGUGAACGAUAGCGAGGUUGUGUCAGAUAUGAUUUCCCCCAAAUUUGCUGCUGAACUGAAGAAAACCAUUUAUGACAACAUGACAUUUGCGCCUAAACAUUACGGAGGAAGGUGGAACAUCCUUCAGGACCAUGGAACCAGCCACUUGUCCAUCAUCGACAGCGAGCGAAACGCGGUUUCGAUGACGAGCACCGUCAACGCGUACUUCGGUUCACUGAUCCUUUCCCCACGCACAGGCAUCCUGCUCAACAACGAGAUGGAUGACUUCUCCAUGCCGGCGAACGCGUCGGAGAAUUCUCCACCGCCAGCACCUGCCAAUUUCGUCAGCCCUUUGAAACGGCCUCUCUCUUCCAUGACUCCAACCAUAGUUGUCAAGGACGGGAAGCUCGUGGCUGCAGUUGGUGCCAGUGGUGGCAGCAUGAUCCCCGCUGGAACGAUCGAGGUGUUCAUCAACCAUUUCGUCAAGAACAUGGAUCCAUUGGCUUCUGUCAUGGCGCCAAGGGUGUAUCACCAGCUGAUCCCAAACGAGGUCAAGUACGAGAACUGGACGACGGUGACCGGCGACCACUUCGAGCUCGACGCCGCGACGAGGGCCGACCUGCAGAAGAGAGGCCACGUCCUGAAGCCGCUAGCCGGGGGAACCAUAAGCCAGCUCGUGGUGCACAACAUCGGGCGCCAAGGCGACCUGACCGCCGUCAGUGACCCCAGAAAAGGCGGUGUCCCGGCCGGUUACUGA